AUGGGUCAUCCAGGAUGGAUCCCACCCGAAAGCAGACAAUUUGGUCACUCGGAGAAGACCCUUAGAGCUGAACUGGCCGGAGCAGAGACUCUCAAAACGCCGAGGCUGGGUAGCAGCUCUUGUUCCAUAGGACACAAUUUUGCUUGUCUAAACAGGCAAUUCAAAACCCUUGAUGGGUCUGGUCUGCCAGGGCUUCCCUCUCCCGGAAGCACCAGUUUCCGCCCUGAUUCUUCGUCGGUCUACACGGAGACACGUUGUCUGUUCCAGCACCAAGUUGAUACCACCAAAACCGAGGGUGACUUCAAUGGCAGAGACAAAAUCACCUCCUCGGUCUCCCCUGCCCUCAUAGUCCUGCAGCAGCCGCCAUAG